AUGAUGGUAGCCCUAGAAAUCGGCUCGGCAGUGGAGAAUUCCCGGCUCAGGGUGAGAAUGUAUAAACUCACCGUUCAGGAAGAGGAGAAAAUAGACCCGAAGGUGAUUGUCGCUGUAGCAUUGCUGGUGGAGGAAGCCAAAAAGGCAACCUCCGGCGCACCGCUGGUAGCAUUUGCACCGCACAACGUGCGGGACAUACUACAGCAGAAGGCAGACAAAUGGCUCACUGAUGCUAGAUUGCUGAAGGAUGAGGCCAUUUUGAUUCACUCGCAGGAUUUGGAAUUGAGAACAAUGACCGCACAGAACCCUGCAGAGUUUUUGUUUGGGGAAGCUUCAGAGGAGCUUGUUCACGAUUGCAUGGAGGUGGUUGAAUUACAAACAAAGAUCAGAGAGGAUUUAGAAGAGGAAGAGUUGGAUGAAGGAGAGAAGUGGUUUGUGGAUGGAUCAAGCAGGGUAGUUGAUGGGAAAAGGAAAUCAGGAUACGCAGUCGUGGAUGGACAGACGGGAAAAGUGAUUAAAGGAGGUGCCCUGAGUGCGAGGACACCAGUCAGGAAUUCAGAGUUCCGAACCAGGGGAAACAAUUUGGCGGACCAGGAAGCCAAGACCAUGGCACUGAUGACGGUGAAUACCCCGGAGAUCAAAGGGACUGAGGUCCCAGAUGAUCCUCCACAGCCCUCUCAAGAGGAGAUUGAAUGUUAUGAAAAGAUUGGAGGAAAAUUGAAAGAAGACACAGCCAUUCGGAUGGCGGAGAAAGGCUGGACGCACACAUCUAGGGUGAAGAAAGUCGAACAUCAGGAGGAAGCGCCCGAGUGGAAGGUCACUUCUUCCCCAGGACGCAGUCUGCACAUUGAGGUCCCGAUGAGAGGCGGAAACGAGAGCUCUGCAGAUGAGUGCGGAAGUUGCCCUCAGGUGGUCCCAGUUGUGCAAGGGGAUGGGAAACCCUCAGCAUACCAAGCCCCGGAAGAAUGCAUCAAGGAGCCUGGCAGACUGAUCCACUCCGUCGUACAGGUGAUGCAGAUAGCAAUAGUGCCCGUGCACCCGGAGUUGGCUUCCGGAAGCAACACACCUAAGAUCAUGAGCCUGGGAGAAAAGAAGUAUGCCAGCAAUGCUGCCCAACCCCUGCCGGGCCGGGCCAUGCCCCCGGCCCGCCCCCGGCCCCGGGCGGGGCUGCCCCGUGCCCGGCCCCGCCCGUCCCGCCGCGGUCUCGCCUCCGCCCGGCUCUGGCCCUACUGGCGGUGGCGCUGCUGGGCGGGCAUCAGUGCCUGGUGCGGGGGCGGCAUCGCCGCCCUUUGCCUCCGCCUGGCCCGAGCCCGGCCCCGGCCCCGAGGCAGGCUCCAGCCCCGGCCCCGGCCCCGGCCCCGGCCCCGGCUACUCCCGGGGCCCGCGGAGGACACAGGCGGCGCGGCCGCUGCUGCCGCCUCCGCUGCGGCUUCCCCGGCCCGAGCUCCGCCGCUCGGCAGCGCGGCCGCCGGCCCCGAGCCUGCCGUGCCGCGUUCCGAGGAGCGAAGGCCUGGGCAUGGCCGGCCCGGGGCGGCUGAGGGGCGCUCGGGGGCCGUUGCUGGCCCCGGGCCGAGCGCUGACAGCCGCGUCCCGCCCGCAGGGACGGCGCCCGAGGCCCUGCAGGAGCGCUACCGCCUGGGUUCGCUGCUGGGGCGCGGAGGAUUCGGCAGCGUCUUCGCGGCCACGCGGCUCUCGGACGGCGCCCCGGUGGCCAUCAAGAGGGUACCGCGGAACCGCGUCCGGCACUGGGGCGAGCUGCCCGACGGCAGCAGGGCCCCGCUGGAGAUCGUGCUGCAGGCCAAGGUGUCCACUGGCUUCCCCGGCGUGGUGCAGCUCCUGGAGUGGUUCGAGCUGCCCAACCACAUCGUGAUGGUGAUGGAGCGGCCAGAGCGGUGUCAGGACCUGCAUCGUGUCAUUCGGGCACGGCGGUUCGUGCCCGAGGAGGUGGCGCGGGAGCUGUUCCGCCAGGUGCUGGAGGCCGUGCGGCACUGCACCAGCUGCGGGGUCCUGCACCGCGACAUCAAGCCAGGGAACAUCGUGCUUGACCUGGCCACCGGGCAGGCCAAACUGAUUGACUUUGGCUGUGGCACCUACUUGCAAGACACAGCCUACACCCACUUUGCAGGAACACUGUCCUACAGCCCCCCGGAAUGGAACGACUUUGGCUGGUACCAUGGCGAGGCAGCAACGAUCUGGUCCCUGGGCAUCCUGCUGCACCAGAUGGUCUGCGGGGAGCACCCUUUCAGGAGGGGCCGGAACCUCAGCUGGGGCCAGCUCCCGCUGCCACAAGGGCUCUCUCAAGAGUGCAAAGAUCUGAUCAGGUGGUGUUUAUCCGUGAACUCCUUGGAAAGACCCACAUUAGAAGACCUGUUCUGUGAUCCUUGGGUGCAGGAUAUUCCUCGGCCGUAG